CUGGGGUGAGAGGGGAGGGGGAGGGUGAUGCUGGGACGCCAGAAUCACCGUCGAGCUCUCUUGAGGUGUCGUGGGCUGGUCGAUGAAACACCGAGGACGGAAUGCGCCCGCUUGAAGACCCCGGAGAUGUAUCCUGCUCAGCGCAAUCCAGACUCUUCAGCCGUCAGCACCGGACAGAGGGAUGUCUACGUCAUCAGAAUGGAAGGAAACGCAAACGGACGGAGACGCAGGAGAGUGAAUCUGGACAGUGCAGUUGCUGCUGCUGACUCAGGGGGAGGGUGCAGUGCCAUGUCUGCUCCACCGGAGGGCGUGCUGGAGGAGACAGUGGUGGCCGUGCGAGUCGAUGGGAAUCUGAGGCCCUUCCAGACAGACCUGCCAAUCAACUGUGAUGAACUGGACUGCCUCGGAGACGCUACAG